AUGGAAUCAACUCUUGUAUCUCGGCUGCUCAAAAUAUUUUCGCGUGGCCUGCUCAUCUUGCCCACUCUCCCGCAUUCCCUCCUGUUUGGCCAUAUUCCAAUUCUCCUCAAGUUCCGGAAGCAUCACCCCGAGGAUGUCCAUUUCGGCAUCAUCAUGAAAUGGCUUGUAGAUAACUGCAGCCAGUGGAUUCCAGACUUGAAACGCCCCCCGCCAGUUUUGUACCUUGAUAUUUGGCCCGUCUUCCCGGACGUCAUGAUGAUGGUCUUUGACGGCAGCAUGUCGGCGCAGUUUACGCAGGCGAGAAGCUUGCCUAAGCACCAUAUUACUCGGACAUUCCUGGAGCCGUUGACAGAUAACCUGGACAUGACCUCUGCCGACGGCAGUCAGUCCAAGGUGUGGAGGUCGCGGUUCAAUCCGAGUUUCAGUCCGAGAAACAUCACCAUGCUCAUUCCCGAGCUCAUCGAUGAGAUCAUGGUCUUUAAAGAUUUGCUCGGGAAAAUGGCUGGGCCAAGCGGACUAUGGGGGGACGUCUUUCAGCUAGAGGAGCGCACCACGAAUCUCACUUUCGACGUAAUUCUUCGUGCAACCAUGGAUGAAAGACUGCAUGAGCAGAUAAAUACACUGGGUAGUCCACUUAAGCAAGCUCUCAUCAGUCAGAUACGGUUGAUGAGCAAAGUCCUCGGCGUGAACCGUAUCCUAGGCAUCAGAAGGUGGCCGUGGGAAGCCUGGAUCAGACAGCGCAACAACGAAGCAUUACGCGACGCUCUUCUGGGCCGCGUGGAAGCCGUCACAAAGUCACCUCAUCUCGCCGAUGCUGUCAGCGAGAAAAAGACUAUUCUAAGCAUAGCCUUGAGUCGCACGCUUGCCGAAACGGGCGGCGAAGUUCCCGAUCAACAGUCAGUCGAUGCCAUUCUAGCUAAUCUCAAGCUUUUCCUGUUUGCGGGCCACGACACAACAUCGUCAACCAUCUGCUGGAUGUUCAAGCUGCUUCGGGGCAACCCCGACUGUCUCUCCAAGCUCCGUGAAGAGCUUAACAGUGUUCUUGGAGAAGACGUGAACCAAGCCGCCAGGUUGUUACGGGACUCGCCUCAGCUUCUAAGCAACCUGGUGUACACCAAUGGCGUCGUCAAAGAAGCUCUCCGCUUCUACCCGCUCGCAUCAACCGUGCGCCAGGGCGAAAGGGAUUUCUUUCUCACUGUCUCCGGGUCUGAUAUGAGAUACCCGACGGAGGGCACCGCCAUCCAUGACGUGCCGUCCGUCAUUCAGCUUGACGAACACGUUUGGCCGCGCGCAAACGAAUUUCUCCCGGAACGCUGGAUCGCAGCCCAAGGCGAUCCGAUGCACCCCAACAAGGACGCCUGGAGGCCGUUCUCCAUGGGGCCGAGGAAUUGCAUCGGACAGGAGCUUGCCAUGGUGGAAAUAAAAUUGGUGGCUGCGUUAGUGUGUAGGGAAUUUGACAUCCAAGAGGCUUGGGACAAGUGGGAUUUGAAACAAGGAACGACGAAACCCAAAGAGAUGAGAGGAAUAUCCUUCGCUGUUUACGACAAGGUCGACCCGGCCACUCGUACUCGAGACUGGAGCAUGACCAUAUUCUGGUCUUUUCGACACUACCCUGCCCUGCUAUCUGAAGAGCUUAACAAUCGCAUCAACGAGGCGCAGUCAAAGAAAUACUAUGAACCGACGGCAGUUGAAGAAUUGGUUGUCAGGAAUGCCGAGAGUGGCGAUAUAUUAGCAAAAGUGAACUCUCCCUUUGCCAGGAGAGUCAACAGAGUGGACAUGAGAAAGCUUCUACUCAAUGGAGUCAAGAUUCAGUUCGAUCGAGAACUCGUUGGUAUCGAAUAUACGACCGAUGGUGUUGUUGCCCGCUUCAAAAAUGGAACAUUUGAGAAGGGCACCAUGAUUAUUGGUGCUGAGGGCGGACAGUCCUUGGUACGGCGCUUGCUUCUUGGUAACCUCGCCCUGCCGGAGGUAUAUCCAGACGUUGAAAUGAUCAACAUCAAUGCCAGAUAUACUCAUGAGCAAGGGAAAUAUAUUGCAGACAAUACAGUGCCGCACGUUGAUUAUGGAGUUCAUCCCAAGGGAAUCUUCUUUAUUAUCCUUGUUAUGCGCGUUGAAGAUAAAGAUGAUUACUCUACAUGGACAUUCCAUUUUGUCAUUACAUACCCCAAAACGCUCACUGGCAACCCGCUAAAGGGCAAAACCAAUGCUGAGCGUGUUGCCAUUCUGAGGUCCCUUGCAGAUAACUUUGCGGAGCCUAGACGAUCAGCCUUGAUGUGGCUGCCCGAUGACUUGGAAGUCCCCGAUGAUGCUAUCAAGAUGUGGAGUCCAGAGCCGUGGGACAAUCAUGAUGGCCGAGUUACGCUGGCUGGAGAUGCAGCGCACGCAAUCGCAUUCUAUCGUGGACAAGGACUUAACAACGCGACUGCCGACGCCGCCAGCCUCGUCUCUGCCAUAGAGAAAGCUACUACUGGAGAGAUGAAAUUGGCGGAUGCCAUUACUGAGUACGAUAAAGAGGUCAUCGCUCGGGGGCAAGAAGAGGUUAGAUUGUCUCGAGAAUUGGCUUUGUCAAUGGAACACUGGGAUAAAUUCUUGGAAAGUCCCAUCAUCAAAUACGGUGGAAAUAUUCCGAAAGAAAUGUCCAAGUGA